AUGGAAGAAGAUAAACUUGAUGAAUUUACAAACCGUUCAAAAGAUGGCCCCAACAGAUAUGAUUCUAAUGAUGUGAAGUUAAGAGAUUUUGAAAGUGAUAGUGGAAUUGCUCCAUUUGUAUUCUUUACGGCUUUUACCGUAGCUGUAUGUGGUUUCAUGUUUGGAUAUGAUACCGGAAUUAUUAGUAGUGCCAUGUUACUAUUGGAGAAAGAUUUUCCUUUGACUUCUAUUACUAAAGGACUUGUUGUUGGAGCUACGACGUUUGGUGCAAUUUUUGGUAGUGUUUUUGCUGGUGGAUUAUCUGAUCUUGCCGGAAGACGCAUUACAACAGUGAUUGCUGCAACGUUGUUUAUUUGUGGAGCAUUAUUAUUAUCAUUAGCACAUUCAUAUGCUACUUUAUUAAUAGGAAGGUUGGUGGUUGGAAUUGCUGUUGGUUUAGCAUCAAUGGUAGUUCCAAUUUAUAUAAGUGAAAUUUCUCCAAGAUUGCAUCGAGGUCGAUUAGUUACAAUAAACGUUUUAAUGUGUACUGGUGGACAAUUAGUUUCUUAUUUGGUUGCUACUGGGUUUAUAUUUCAACAUGGUUGGCGAUGGAUGUUUGGAGUUUCAAUAAUUCCUCCGUUUCUACAACUUUUACGUAUUCCAAGAUUUCUUGUGCGUAAAGGAAAAAAUGCGGAGGCAAAAAAAAUUUUAGCAAAGAUAUACCCUAAUGCUCCUCCAGAAUUUUUAAAUGAUGAAAUUGAAGUAAUCUGUCAGACAAUUGAAGAAGAUGCCGCAGGAUCAUAUAAACAAUUAUUUUUUUACCCGAAUUUAAGACCACUUAUUAUUGCAUGUGGACUUCAAUUGUUCCAACAAAUAUCAGGUUUCGAUACGGCUAUGUAUUAUGGUGCAAGUAUUGCUACUAUAAUGAAAAUGGCUGGAUUUACUGAAAUCAGAGAUGCCAUAGUAUUUUCUAUCCUUGUGUCUGCAACUAAUUUUGCCAUGACAGUUGUCGCUUUAUAUAUAAUUGAUCGCGUUGGUAGACGUCGUAUACUUUUAUCCACUCUAAUUGGAACUGUAAUUGGUUUAACUCUUCUUGGUAUAGGUUUUGUUUUCGUAACUGGUUUAACGACAAAACAAAAUACUUGUACUGAUUAUGGAACAAGAUGUGGUGCUUGUUUGAUUGAUGAUAGAUGUGGAUUUAGUAAAUUAAAUGAUUUUUGUGUGGAUAAGUCUUCGGUUCCUUCAGAUCAAUUGUACAGUGCUUGUCCUUCAGCGACAUAUGCGUUAGGAAUUGGGCAUGCUCCAUGGACAAUACAAAGCGAAAUAUUUCCUUUAAAUGUACGCGGUAGAGCCAAUGGAAUUGCUACAGCGACAAAUUGGUGUGUAAAUUUAGUCGUUGCAAUCACAUUCUUGCCAUUAACUGAAUUAAUAACAAUCUCAGGAACAUUUUGGAUGUAUGGUGUAUUUAUGAUUAUUGGUUGGUUAUUUGUUUAUCUCAUGGUACCUGAAACAGCGGGAAAGUCACUUGAAGAAAUUCAAGAGCUAUUUUUGUAA